AUGGAUCCUGAAACUAUCGAAGUCACUUUUCCACCAAGAAUUUCCUUAAGACACCUCGCAGAAAAGCGUCUCCAAAAUCCUGCACAUUCCAAAUGUCUAAACUCAUUCUUUAUUUAUCGUCUUGCUUUCCUUGAUGAAAUGCGAAUCCGUAAUUUUAAAAUCAAAAUGACCGAAGUAUCACCAAUUAUUAGUGCAUCCUGGCGUCGACAAACUCCAUUCAUUAAAAACGCGUAUAAGGAGUUUGCACAAGAAGUUGAAAGAUUGUCAAUCGAAUUACGCCAGAAUGCGACUCGUAGGCGUCACGUUGUCGUUCCACCUUCGAGUGUUCCAACGGCCGUAAUGUCACAAUCCCCACAGUUGGCUACACCAAUUACAUACGAAAAUUAUAGAGGUUUUAUUUUACAACAUCAGCAACUGGGCUUUAGCGGGUUUCCGGCAAAUUUUCCACACAUUCCCUACUCUUUUCAAAUGAUCUCGCAAAAUAAUGAAAAUUUCUUUAAUUUUAAUAUUGACCCUAAUAAUAAUCAUCAGUUUUAA